GGAAGGUACGUUGGACAACCAUCGCUUGUUACUCAACCACAGCUUUGUGAAAAGUGCAACAACAAUCAGGCUUUAAAAAUCCAAGAAUUAAAUUCAUUUGAACCUUUGAGAGAGGUAGGUUCAGCAGUGGUAUUCUCUUCACUGAUCUCUAUUCAUAUUCCAUAGUACUUAUGAGGAGAAUUUGGGAAACGAUCAAGAACAGUUUUAGUCUGAGAUCAUUUCCUAUAUUCUCAACUCUAGAAUGUUUAUUUACUGGUAAGUAGGUACAGUCAACUCUCUCUAAGACGGACACCUUUGGGACCGGCACUAGUUGUCCAUCUUAGAGAGAUGUCCAUCUUGUAGAGAGUCUAAUAGAGGGAGCAAAGAAAGGCAGGGACCAACUCUAGGUGUCCAUUUUACAGAGGUGUCCGUCUUAUAGACGUGUCUGUUAAGAGAGAGUCGACUGUAUCUAUAUGAUAUGUUAAGGAGAAAUUAGAUGAUGGUCACCUUCAGGGGUCAAAGUGUUAGCCUUGUCACUCCUGAUCACACCUAAGCUGCAAAAGAAAUGGUACACUGUAUGAUAAUAAACCUUUUUUUUUCGUUUGGUGGUAUUUAAAGCACAAAGCAAAGGCUAUUGAGGCCAUGCAAAUAUAUUAAUAACAAAUAUUUCAAAUGGAAGCUAUGAAGAUGUUAAAAAACUUACUUGCUUGAUUGAAGGCAAACUAUUUCAAAGUGUGCUCAAUAUUCUUUCUGGAAAGAUAAACAAGUCAAAUAUGCAAAAUACCAGAAAUGCAUUAUAUAUAAGAUGCGCUGCUAUAGGGGUAUUUAAAGAGGGUAAAUUUGUUCUGUAUCCUUCUCUCUGAUCUAUUUUGAUUGGUCACUGGUUAUUUUAUAGUGUGACUUUGAGUCUGAACUGAAUCCUCACAAGCAGAAACUGGAUCAGAAAUACCCACUAUGCCAAUCAUGCCAGGACAUUGUUAAUCAUCAUUUGAAGACACAAGCCAUUGAUCUCAAAACAUUCUUACUGGACAGUCACCUUCAACAGUCCAAGUCUACUCCAACAAAGGUGUGUUUAUUUAUAGUGCAGAGGAUUUAGUAGUUCUGCAGGGCAGCAUAUCUGGAAAGGAGCUCUUGUCGUCCUGGAAAUGUGUCAGCAAGAUAGUGAAGCUUAAAAAUAUUUGUGGUUUUCAUUUUUUUGUCUGAUAUGAUAAGAAUUUGGCCACCAUGCAUAUGUUUAUACACAGUAAAUGCUCUCAAUAAUAAUUAAUUAAUUUUAGUCAUGUUAAAUAGUACAAUGUACAGAACUUUACUUACAGAUCUCACCAACCUGCUCACUUACCCCCAAGUGGUUUUUCCAACUGGAAUGAAAAAAAAAAUAUUGUUAUUGUGGGUGAGAAGAGGAGCCCGCUAUCCUAAUCUCCAGAUUGUUAUCACACAUGCGUUGCAUGCAUGUAGCCAGCAUUCAUUUGGACUUCCACUCACAAUGAAUGGAAUGCACAAAACGCAAUUUGGUCACACACAUUUGGACCUUCACUCGUAAUCUGAUCACUUAUGUGAAACUUACACAAAGUACACUAACACAGUGAUGGAGCAAUUAUUUUGACCUUCAAUUUUGUCACCCACACUCCAUCUUUGAUCACUAGUGCUAGUAAAUACACCAUGAUAUAUUGAGUGCAGUGAAAGCCGUAGGGAGGGGGGAGGGGUAGGGCACUUGGUUGGGGGUGUUCAUUCUGCUAGGGCCUUGGAUCCCCUACCCUAUUCUAGACUUAAAUUGUACUUGCCAAUGACCUCACACUGGGUAAAAGUGUCCUAGCCUUAUUUCAGUAUUUAGGAUGGCAAGAAAGAUAUGAUCAAAGCACAGUGACCCCAUCUUGGAUCCAUUGUGGUCAGCAGCCAGCAAACAUGAUGGCCAUGUCUUUUCUAGCUCGGCUAGACUUCAUUUGAUUUUUCUUUUUUUUCCUGUUUUUUGACUUACUUUGAACUUUUGUUUUUUUAACAAAAAAAUUAAGAACUAAGGAACAAAGAAAUGUAACUUUAAGGUUUGGAGAAACAACUAAAAUGAAAAAUGAAAUGAUGAAAUGAAAUCGGUCAAAAAGGUCAAAAGGUCAAAACUGGGACCCCUUGACACACCUACAAUAAUAAUUAUUAUUACUGUAGAAGGCAAAAGUUAGGACCCAUUCAGUGACACAGCUACCUAUAAGUUGUCCAUCCCACCCCACCCCCCCCCCUAAUCCAACCCCAGAAUGGCAUCCCAAGGUUAUAAAUUAUUUGAGUUCAAGGAAAUAAUAGUAAUGAACAUUUCCAUUCCGUUUUGUUUGAUGUUCCAUGCAGCUUCUCAAAAGAUCUUCAUCUCCUGAAUCAAUAUUUCUGGUGCUGGUUCAGUUGGUCUGUGUUCUUCUUGCCUCUUUACUGGUUUGUAAUGAAUAUCAUCCUGAUGACCAUAGCAUGUGUGGUGAGUUACACAAUAAAAUAUUAUCUGAAUAAAUCAUUAUUAUCUCUUAUAUGACAGCAGUGUCAAUAGUAGCUUAAACUACCAGAGUGAAAAUCUCCAGCUAGCUUUGUACGUGUAGUUCUUUGUGGGACACAAGUUUUGUUGUGAAAAUAUAACUGUAUUGCUAUUGAUAUUUACAAAAUUUCAAUGAAUUGCACUAAAAUGAUCGGUCAGAGCAAGAAUUAGUCUUUAUUUUACAUGUAGUUAUGGUGUAUGGUCCAUAUUUUCUUGAAAUGUGUUCGUGUUUUUUACCAUUGCAGGUAAAAAAUACUCAUUUUGGAACAGUCCCCAUGUGUUACACAGUACUUUCUUCUCUUAUUUAACCUCUUCAAAUCAUAACUUUACCGCCAAACAAAUAGUGCUUCGCUUCCCUGGCCUCGUUAAAAGUAUAAUGAUCUCAUUGUGGUCAAAAGGGUUGGAACUGGCUUUCUGUUUGUCAAGUAAGUGGCCUUUUAUGAUAUAGUCUAAAGUCUCUUAAUAGGCUGAUUGAAUGCUAGACUAUGAGUAGUCUCUCUUUUUUCUUAGUCCAUUGGGCAAAAUGUGCGAGACAUGCAAAUGACCAUGUGUGUGACUGCUGCUCGACACUCUUGUGCAUGCGUGCACUCUCCUCACUAAAUCUGACAAAAAAGAGAGACUGCUCGCAGUCCAAGUGAAUGCUCUUAUGAGCUGAAAUACAUGAAAUUCUUGAGUGCUGAUUGCCUAAUUUUUCUUAUCGAUUUGUAACUGUUUCAGUUUUGACUGUUCUAAGAUUGAAAAGGCUAAACAAAAUUUCAAAAGUCAUUUUUUGAUUUAAAGAAACAAACAAACAAACCAAUGAUCAAACCAAAGGACUUCAUCCACAGAAUAAAAGUUUACAUUUAGAACUACAUAGGUAUUUUUAAAUACCAUGUGAACAUACUGCUGCAGAGGUUUCUUGUGACCCAGAAGCCAAAGAUCUGUUAUGUUUGUGUCAUUUCAUUUUGUUAAUUUUUCUUUUGGGUAGGUUUGACAAAAAGGAGAUACUUACAUGUUUCUUUGGCUUGCUUGUUACUAAAUAUCCUGAUAUUUUUGAAGAGAAAAACCAGGUAUUUAAAAUAAAUUAGUGGAGGUUUCACUACCAUGUUGUCUAAGGAUAUAGAUGUGUAACAUAAGGGAAUGCAAUGUAAGUAGUCAUCGUGGCGGCGAAUUACCAAUCGCAAAACUUAAUGGCCAAGAAUUUCCCUGUAAAGGUCAAUUGUUGUUGGACUAUAGAGUUACCUUACUAGUAAUUAAUUUAAACUAUUCCUGUGGUAGUUGAACUGUUUUCUGAUGUAAACACUUUCUCUUUUCGCAAUUAAGUGAGGGUCCCCAAUAGGUCAAUCCCAUUACACCGAUCCAAAAUUUCGUGCAAUCCCGUAAUCCUGAGGGUUAUUUUUGGCAUCCCACCUCCCGCGCAUACCUUCAAUCCCGAAUCUUGCCCGAUUUUGCUUUAAAAUCCUGAAUCCCGAGCCUCAAAUAAGGGAAAUGCCGGAUCACGAAAAACCUAUUGGGGACCCUCUUGAGUUGAAUAGCUGCUUGCCAUUUGAGUGAAAACUCACAAGACAGCGUAUAAGCUCCCACGUAAAGAGUUUGGCUAUGGUUAGUGGUUGCUAAUGUGAGGCAAGGGUAGCCUGUUCCAGGCUCUCAGAUAGUGGGGAUGAAGCGCAAAAGUGAGAGACACGCAAAAAUUUGAGGGUGUGAUUUGGGAAAAGGGGGCGCUUUCUCAUGCAGACCCGACCAUCGCGGAGCCUAGAACAGGCUAAAGUAAGGGGGACAGAGGGUGGGGUCAAAUGAUGAUUUGAAUCAGAGGCCACGUGCAAAAAUUCAGCUGAUUUGGAUGAAAAAAAAAAAUCACCCAAAACGUCACUUAACAUUCGGUUAUACCAAGCCCUUCAAGCAGUGCAUUUCUUGUUUUAUACAAGCACUGUAAUUACAUUGGUUACUUGUUGACGCUUUGCAGUAGUUACAGUGUGGCUACUUGAACUGGGGCACUUGGAUGAAGAUGGUUCAAUCACAAUGGUUUGUGAAAACAAAAGAUUCUCAAGAUUUUUUGCAAGUGCACUUCUAAAAUUCAACAUUCAACUAUGCAACCAUUGAAAACUUUUAAACCGUUUGAACGUACCUGACCUCUCAGGAAACAGCCCUCAAAUUUAUGAAUGUUAUUGGUCUGCUUGCAAAAAAAACUUGAGAAUCUUUUGUUUUCAGAAAUCGUUCUGAUUAGACAAUCUUCCUCCUAGUGCCCCGAUUCGACUAGUAGCACGAUAAAAGGUAGAAACGGACGUGAAAUUGCGUGGACUGAUUCUUCUGUGAGUUAAUGCAUAUAACAUUAUUGCUGCUUUGCAUUUUUGCAGAUUUGGUAUUCUGACUCUGUUAUCUUGGACUGUCCUGUCUGUUUUAAGAUUUUGGUGAGUAAUAUGAAGUAGAAAAACAUAUUUUGCUGAAACAAUUUAUUGAUAUGGUGAUUUAUUCUCGUGAUUCUUUGUUUGGUGGGCGGGGGAUGCCUCGUGCUAAAUAAACCAGGUUAAGCUGUCGCCAUGCGGUCAUUGGGGGUGCGCAAACGAGUCAUUUUGUUAACGUCCUCUUCGCUAAUUAGGUUUUUUCUUUACCUAUGAGAAGUGAAGAACAAAAAAACACUAAGUAAAAGGAUUCAGCAAUGUCAACAUUAUAAUUCGUGGUUUUAUUUUCUGUUUCUUUCAGUGAAUUGUUUUGGUGGAAGACUGACUGUAGAUGGCGAUUCAUCAGCGCAACAUUAUGUUGGUUUCUCAGCUCCUCUUUAUUUCUGUUUUCUCUUCUAUCAUACUCAAGAGUGCUGGGAAAACACAAGAAGAGAAGGUAACUGGAUGCUUUGAUAGAGCUGAUAUUUAAGAAUAUUUGCAUGAGGCUGAGUUGGCCUGCGUAUAGCCGUACCCUCCCCCCGUUUUUCCUUUGUUUGGGGGAGGGUGCGGCUAUACGUAGGCUAAGGCUGAGUAUCAUUUGAAAAAUUAUGGAGUUCUAAGGCCGAGGCGGACAACACCCUCUUCGAUCUCCAUAAUUCUUCAUAUGAUAGAAAAGUCGAAUUCAAUAAUUGUUUUAUUAUUCAUUCAAAAUAAUUCCUAGUUUAAAAACAAGCUAAAAAACAUCUAUACGUCCAUCGAUGUUAGGUUCAUCUUCAAUUACCUGUUUAUCAGCAAGUUUAGGAGAUAAAGGGUUGUUCAGUUCUGUAAAUAUAGCUGAUGUCCUCCGUCGAGUUGUAUUCUUGCUGUUCUUGCUAUGUUUUUGGCCAAUAGUUCACCUAUUUCUUCAUCGCGAAACGAGUGAAAUGUUAUGCCAUUUUCUACUCACAUUAUAUGCCAAAUCGAAAAAUAUCUGAAACCACUAUCUUUCUGUAUGUAAGCCAUUUCAAGGCGAUUUAUGGUGAAAACAAAUGAAAAAGGAAACCGUCCCUGCCGGCGUGCUACCUGUCUUAUUCAAGAUGGGGCCAAACGCAUCCCUACUUAAAUCAUUCCACCCAAAAAACUAAUUAACAAGUUUUCCUACCACAAAAAAUUCCGGAAUCGAAAAUUUCAAACCCCCUAAAAUAUCCUUCGAUCAUCUGCGUCACUUAAAGGUUAUGUGAGUGAUUUGCCUGAUAGCUCGCUUUAUUAAAUAACCAAUAACUUCUGUUGUAAUACGUCCUGGAUGUCGUUUCUCUCUGUUGAGUAUGACUGUUGUAUUUGUAACAAAUUACAGAUACCGUAUUUCUCCGAGCAAGUCAAGCUCAGAUGAACAUCAGACUACUGAAUGUGAAAUCAUGGAGAUUGACAGUGAGGUAAAAUACCUUAAAAAAUUAAAUAUGAUUAUAACUAUUUUAAAAUCUCUUUUCAUGCUUCAUAUUCCUUUACAUAUUAAGUCAAUUAUUAUUUAGCUUGUUAGCAGGCUACUUAUUGAUGUUCGCGGAGUCCUGCAAAAAAAAUACCGUAAAAUUCCGAAAAUAAGCCCCUCCAUGUAUAAGCCCCUCCAAAUAUAAGCCCCACAAACUCGUGACACAAAAAACCCUCCGUGAAAUCGCCCCUCCGAAUAUAAGCCCCCCGGGGGCUUGUACUUGGAAAAUUGCCCUCAAAUAGAAAGUAAAACAAAGCAAAAACGGUAAAUUUCCUCCCAACUAUAAGCUAGCCCAAUUGAUUUUGAAACGCAAACUUCCCUCCGUACAUAAGCCCCUCCGAAUAUAAGCCCCUCCAAAAAUAAGCCCCUCAAAAAGGGCCUUUGAAAAAUAUAGGCCCCGGGGCUUAUUUUCGGAAUUUUACGGUAUAUUCUGAUGUAGGAUGAAUUUGGCCAAAGGAAUGGCACAUAAAGCUGGGACAACCCAGAUACAUAAGAAGAUUUUCCCAGCAUUGAAGGUACGGAACACCCACCAUCCGGGCUAGAGUAAUGUAGAGCUAAAGGGAGGGAAGGGAGGGGAAAGUGUUUCCUAAAUUUCUUGUUCCAGUAAUUUUAAUUCUUGCUAAUUAGAAGCUUGAUUAUAUAUUUUUUUUCAGUGCACUCCUCCAAAUAAUAAGGUAGCAACUGAACUAGACUACAACUUGAAUGGCUUGUCAUUGGACGGCUUGCGAACAGAAAGAAGAAAUGGCUUCCAUACACAUCACUCAUCCCCAGUCAACUCUGAUAGGACAGGUAUUAUUGGAAAGCAAGCGUAGGUGGCAGAUAGCCUAGUCUGUAUAUACAGCCUCGGUCCUCGGUCUUUGCGUGGACGUUCCUAGAGGCGAGUGGCGAGGAGAAACGGCUGUGUAAGCCACUGUAAAAAUAUAAUAAUAUUCUUCAUAUUGUCGUGUGGGUAGUGCUUCAUGUAAACCUAACCUUUGCACUAUCUUUUGUGCCCGAAUUGCACAUACAAUGCGGGCCAGUUUGUCGAAAAUUUGCAUACUCAGCGUAUUUGCGCAAAUGUUCAACGUUGGUCAAAAUACACUUUAUUACUUUUGUCUUUUCAUACGUUCAAGAGUUCGGCAACGAAAGAAGUGAGUUGGAAGGUCUCCUUAAAAUUCAAAAUGCUCGCUGAUAAACUGUCAAGAUGACACCGAAACGGCGUUCUUUCUUGUCGGCGUUGUUUUUUACUUGUUUCUGUAUAACUAAACCUUCGCCUCCUUAAUCAGAGAAAAAGCUACUGGUUCUAGUGCAAGCCUCCUGUACGUACUCUGGAUUCUAUUUUUGGAAACCGGCCAUUGCUCGUGCAGUUCGUGGACAGAACCCAAGAUUUUGUGAACGUCAGGUUUACAUGAAACUGUAUCCAAGCGGCAAUUUGAGAAUUUUAUGGUAGUUUUCGCAGUGGCCUAUUCGUAGGCUACAGGUAUCUUAACUCGAUUCGAAGUUGCCUAGUCUCCUUGCGCUGUUUUACCAGGCCUUCUCGGUCAAUUCAUUUCGGUGACGUAGGCGACUCGGUCGGACCACGUGACCCGAUAUACGUAGACCGCGCAGAAUAUUGAGGCCUAGGGACUAGGCAAGGUUCAAAGAAGAUUGAGUUGACUUGACUUGACCGUUGUUUCGUCAGUUAAGACUGUGGUUUCUUUCGUAGGAUCUUUCUGGAGACAAAAUGUAACAAUUAAUAACGAGGAAUCACCCUUAGUUUCCAUGCAGCAAAGACCGCUAAUAGUUCCAGCUACAUUGCAUUUCUCAGGCCUUCCACAAAAAUCCAGCAUCUAUACUCAAGAAGCGAUAACUGGUAAGACAGUUAAUCUGACUCUUUUUUUUCGUGGCGGAACAUUUUCUUUUUAUUUCAGCCAGGAGCUCCUGUUUCAGCCACAUCUCUGUGCAUAGUUUUUAUCUUACCAUGCAUCUCAGUUUACUUGCAUGAGUUUUUCUCUUUUUUUUCCCGCCCCAACCUUCUAUCGCUUUUUUCUAACGGUUCAUCCAUCACUAGCCUGUGUACAGACGCCCCUCCCCCCGUCCCCUCAGGAAAACUCGGAUAAAGGCCCACUUCUCCGAUUUUUCCUGAGGGGGGAGGGGUAUGUACACAGGCAGGAGGGUGGUAGACUCCUGACACAGGCUAUUCAUCACAAGACUCUUUUUUCUUUUAUUUUUUUAUUUGUCCUUUCUUUUUAUAAUAGCCAUUUUGGUGGCACUACAGGUUUCAGUUUAAUUAAAUUUACUUAGGUCUGGCGCUUUUCUCUUGAAAGUAAUGAAAUAGCGUAAAUUGCAAAACCAUGUGUCCAACACCUCACUGCUCCACUGCACGUUGUAUUUUCAUCUCUCCUCUAGGUGUUAAAUAUAAGAUCAAGAACUGCGUCUUGUACUUGAUGAGCUUUACGGGUUUUCUAAUUCAUAUUUUCCACUGUCAACUGCACCACGAAAGUUACCUACCGGUUAAGCGUUUUCGUCGGUUCCUUACUCCUGUCCGUAAAAGUCGGCGUUCGUUUCCAGCCCGGGACCAAAUUGAUAAAACAUUUUCAAGUGCAAUUUGUAAGUGUGGUUAUUGUUUUCCAACUCCGAAACAAUUGCUACACUUGUAAAUUACACUUGAAUACUGAAGUUUUCUUAAAUCAGCUCAGGUAUACGCAAGGGGGGGAGUUGCAUAAUUUCAUUUGCUGCAGGCGACUAUUUAUUUAUUUAGUUAGUUAGUUAGUUAUUUCAUAUUUAAUAAACGCUCUUUAUUGUUUCCAAUAUUCUUUUUAGUCACUCGACCUCUUGAUUCAGCUCCUCGUGCUGACUCUUCCGAUGACGAUACUUUCUCGGAUUCAACGGAGGAGGAACCUUGCGAGGUGAGAAAGAAGUUAUUUCUCACAGCUUAAAAAAUAGCGUGCGUGGAAGGCGUUAAAAGGGGAAGGGGAAAGGGGGAAUUUGGGCGCGCGAGAUCGCUUGUGGCGCGUGUGUCCCUCCUCCCUCGCGCGUGGUCUCGCGCCCUAAUUCCCUUCCCUGUCCCUUUCGAACGCCUGCCACGCAAGCUGCUUAUAAAACUACUCGUAGAACCAAGGCCGCGCCAGUAUGGAGAAAAUUUGUCACGAACAGAAGGGUCACUACCCUACCCGAGCCACCCUGGGCGAGUUAACUUUUCAUACAUUUCCAUAAAAAACGUGGCGAACCGUUUACUUGAGAAAUAAAACGUUGGCUCGGCUAGAAGGCCGGGUUAGCCUUUUUCGAUGGUAGGUCACCCUCCUAGCUGGGCCAUUUUUCUCCAUAUAAACACUUUGGUUCACCCAGCCAGGUCAACUGUGUUAAACUGGGUCAGAGCACGCGCGAGCGCUGUUUUUGACAAUCAGGUUCCCGUUUUUCAAAAGUAAGGUUGUCACUAAGAUUUCAAGGUGCCGAGUAAAUACUACAAGUAGGCGGGGAAUUAAACAGCUAGGGGUUUCUUUUCGUUCUAUUUUUCUUUUCUUUUCCUUUGAAAGUAGCCGGGGGGCACGUUCAUAGUAGGCCGGUGAAAUCCCCGGCCCCCGCCUCUUAAUGACCGCUCUGCCGGAAAGACCCGGCAUUUAAUAGGCAUUUUAUGUUUUUUCGAACGGCCCAGCAUUUUAUUUAAUAGCUCAGUCCAAUCUCAUCUUGUAAGGAUGUAUUUCCACUGUCGCGUAACUUUUAUAUUACGUGUACGCGCGUAAAUAAAAAAGAGGCAACGUAAGGAAAAAAGUUGACCCUUGCUAAGCUCAGUUUACUUUUACGCGCGUCCUUUCAUAGAUUGCUUCUAGUAUUUCUUUUACGCUCGUAAAAUUUACGUGCGUACACACGUAAAAAUUACGCGACACUGGAAAUCCACCUUAACGAACAGACUUCGCCUUGUACCACAGGGCACCAAUGUUUGAUGCUGCUACUCUUGAUUUACAUAUUACAGAACUUGAAAAUGUGGAACAAUAAGCGGCCGAGCUCCGUAAAGAAUGCAAAGAAAAUAAAAAGAUGCUCAUCGAAAAGAAAGGCAGGGAGUCUGAGAAGACGUUUUUUGAGCGCCAGAACGCUUCUGCUACUUGUAAGCUUACUUUUGAACCUAUAUUUUCUUAUUUUAUUUACUGAGUGGCCCGCACGAAUUUUACAUUCUCUGUUGAAAAUUUUGAUAGGACUAUACUGA